GCCGCAAACGGACGCACGCAUCCCCGCUCCCCCCGCCCCUUCUCGUCGCCACGAGUGUGUGCUAGGGUUCCGGCGUCCGGCGCGGGCGGUGGCGGCCAUUCCGAUGGAGGCGGAUACGGGGUGUCGGUUGGAGGUGGACGACGUCCUCUCCUUCGCCGACGACCUCGUCGUAGUGCUCCGCCGCAGCGACGACGCCGACGCCAACGCGCAGGUGAUCGCGGGCGCGGGGUUGCUGCGGACCGCCUGCCGCUCCGAGUCCGACCACCUCCACCUGCAGCUGAAAGAUUAUCAGCAAAAAAUAUGCUCCUGCAAGGACAAGACAGACAAAGCAAAAGCUGAAACGAUUGCUGCUGAUGAACUGAGUGUACUGCAAAAUAAAAUGGAAGAAAAUCUUCAGGAAGAUAAACAACUUCGUGAAGAAUUGAGAGCUACACAUAAUGACCUUGAAAACCUAGACCAUCAAAGGGCUUCUAUACAAGACAGGAAGAACGCUAUCAAGAAGAAGGAUGAAAACAUGCGGAAAGCCACAUAUAAACUUUCCAUGUGCGUGUCAGUUACAAAUAUCAUACCAAAUUUGGAAGAUCGGGAUAAGAUCUCAAGCUAUACUGUCGACAAGAAUGGGAAGAAGAUACAGAAGUUCGAGUUUGAGAAGACGACGCCACCAGUUGAGAUCUGUAACACGCUUUGGAAAACAAUUUAGGGCGUGCAGAUCGUUGUUACUGUCUGUUAACGAAGAUUGUCAAUUGUACUUGUAUAUAUAGCUGACUAGCUGAGGAUGGUGGACCUCUCAUCUUCAAUUGUGCUUGUUUAUAUAGCUGAGGAUUGUCAAUUGUGCUUGAAUUUAGGGCGUGCAAACCGUCAUUACUGUCUGUUGAUUUUACAGUGUUUUGAUUUCAGUCAGUAUAAGAUCGAAGAUUUGCGCUUUGC